CCAUUCGAGAGUCCAUUGAUGGGCUGGCCGGCCUACGCCGACGCACUUAUAUAAAAGCCCCGAACCCUAGAGGCCAGCAGCACAUUCUUCCCCGAGUCGCCGUCGUCUGCUCCGGGCUGCUGUUCUGCGCCUCCACAAGGCUUUGGCCUCUGUUGUAAGAUCUGCUUUAUUUCCACCCUACUAAUGUGUACCAGGCCUUUUCUAAGCUGGUCACAGUGGUUGCAACUUCAGAUCGAUAUCUAAGCUGAUCACUGUGUUUGCGACUUCAGAUCGAGAUUCUGAUCCUUUAGUAUUGUGUGAUUUUUACUGGUGUUUCUAAUAAUCGAUUCAUCCGGUGUAACAGUUUUAAGCUUCACCUCCAGCCAUGGGUAAGGAGAAGUCCCACAUCAACAUUGUGGUUAUUGGCCAUGUCGACUCUGGCAAGUCAACCACCACCGGCCACCUGAUCUACAAGCUUGGAGGCAUUGACAAGCGUGUGAUUGAGAGGUUCGAGAAGGAAGCCGCUGAAAUGAACAAACGGUCCUUCAAGUACGCUUGGGUGCUUGACAAGCUCAAGGCUGAGCGUGAGAGAGGUAUCACCAUUGAUAUCGCUCUGUGGAAGUUUGAGACCACCAAGUACUACUGCACUGUCAUUGAUGCCCCUGGACAUCGCGACUUCAUCAAGAACAUGAUCACGGGUACCUCCCAGGCUGACUGUGCUGUCCUGAUCAUUGACUCCACCACUGGUGGUUUUGAGGCCGGUAUCUCUAAGGAUGGCCAGACCCGUGAGCAUGCUCUCCUUGCUUUCACCCUUGGGGUCAAGCAGAUGAUUUGCUGCUGCAACAAGAUGGAUGCGACCACUCCCAAGUAUUCCAAGGCCCGUUACGAUGAGAUUGUGAAGGAAGUUUCAUCCUACCUCAAGAAGGUUGGAUACAACCCUGACAAGAUUGCCUUUGUCCCUAUCUCUGGUUUUGAGGGUGACAACAUGAUUGAGAGGUCCACCAACCUUGACUGGUACAAGGGUCCAACCCUGCUUGAGGCUCUUGACCAGAUCACCGAGCCCAAGAGGCCUUCAGACAAGCCCCUGCGUCUGCCCCUCCAGGAUGUGUACAAGAUUGGUGGUAUUGGAACUGUUCCGGUUGGUCGUGUGGAGACUGGUGUCAUCAAGCCUGGAAUGGUUGUCACCUUCGGUCCAACUGGCCUGACCACUGAGGUGAAGUCUGUUGAGAUGCACCACGAGGCUCUCCAGGAGGCCCUUCCUGGUGACAACGUUGGCUUCAAUGUGAAGAACGUUGCUGUGAAGGAUCUCAAACGUGGGUACGUGGCCUCCAACUCUAAGGAUGACCCUGCCAAGGAGGCUGCUAGCUUCACCUCCCAAGUCAUCAUCAUGAACCACCCUGGGCAGAUUGGCAAUGGCUAUGCCCCAGUGCUGGACUGCCACACCUCCCACAUUGCUGUCAAGUUUGCUGAGCUCAUAACCAAGAUCGAUAGGCGGUCUGGCAAGGAGCUUGAGAAGGAGCCCAAGUUCCUGAAGAAUGGUGAUGCCGGUAUGGUGAAGAUGAUUCCCACUAAGCCCAUGGUGGUUGAGACCUUCUCUCAGUAUCCUCCUCUGGGUCGUUUUGCUGUCCGUGACAUGAGGCAGACGGUUGCUGUUGGAGUCAUCAAGAGCGUGGAGAAGAAGGACCCAACUGGUGCCAAGGUGACCAAGGCUGCAAUAAAGAAGAAAUGAUGCGUCCUCCCAUGUGCCCUCGUUUAUUUUGUACUUGUGCCCGUAUACUUCGAUCUGUUAAAAUCUAUUGGUUGUGUGCCCUGUGUCUGUUGUUUGGGUAUCUAUACUGUUAUUUUGAGACAUGUUGACUUGCAUGGUCAUCUGGAUUGGGUUCGCAUUUCUGAGUCAUUUGUCUUGACAUGAAAAUCUUGCUUUUUUUCUUGAUCUUAAAA